AUGGAUCCUACAGCUCACUAUGCACGUGUGAUGCGUAUCAAGCCUGAACAGAAAGAAGAAGAAUGGGAAUCUGUACCUUAUGAAGAAGGCUGGAGUCAAGUUAAAAGUAAAGAAAUUAAAAAAAAAAAUGAAAGCAAUGAAAGCAAUAAAAAAAUAAUAACUGUAUAUUGCUUUUGCUUUUAG